AUGUCAAAAAAAGGUGCUUAUGAAAAUUGUGGUGCAAUGACUCAUAAAUCUAAAGAUUGUAUGAUGCAAAAUUGGUCUGAUGCAAAGAGAAAUAGAUGGAAUGAUUAUGAUCCUUCUGAACAUAGUAUGAAAAGAACAUUCAAUGGGGAUGAAGAUGAUGAUAAAUAUGCUGAAAGAUCUGAUAUUCCUAGUCAAAAGUUAUACAAGAACUAG